AUUGUGUAUGGCAGUGUUGUUGUUGUUGUGCUGAGUGUGCAUGCACGCCUCCACUCACUCUCUUCAGAUACAUAUACCUGAAGCAGCUGUAAAAACGCACGUGCAUUUAUUAUUAAAAUGCAAACAAGCUGCUGUGUAUCAUAAACAGAUUUAAUAAGCGUUACCGGAGUUAGAGACGUACAACCUAUGGGGAUUCCCUGUGUGAAUUAGAAGCAUUAUAGUGACAGCUAGGGGGAUGUGCAGAAAUGUGUGCGCGCUCGCACACACACACACACACACACACACACACACAUAUACUUCAGCACAAAGCUGCUGUUUCAUCACAAGGGCGCUGUGCGCUUCAGCACCAGACCUGUCGAGUGGGGCAGUGGAGAGUGGCUCUCGUGGUAUGACUACUACAAACAAGGGCAACAAAGCACUGAAGGUGAAGCGAGAGCCAGGUGAAAAUGGCACAAGUCUUACGGAUGACGAGCUGGUGUCUAUGUCUGUGCGGGAGCUGAAUCAGCACUUGCGUGGUCUGUCGAAAGAUGAGAUCCUGCAGUUGAAACAGCGGCGGCGCACACUCAAAAACCGUGGCUAUGCCGCCAGCUGCCGCGUCAAACGUGUCACACAAAAGGAGGAGCUGGAGAAACAGAAGGCGGAGCUUCAGCGGGAGGUGGAGAAACUCGCCUCAGAAAAUGCUAGCAUGAGGGUGGAGCUUGAUGUGCUGCGCUCCAAAUAUGAGGCUCUCCAGAGUUUUGCCAGAACUGUGGCCCGCAGCCCUGUUGCCACUGCCAGGGGCCCUAUCACAUCUGUCAUAGGGCCCCUCAUACCAGGCAAAGUGGCUGCCACCAGUGUCAUCACCAUUGUCAAGUCCAAAACAGAAGCACGGUCAUAAUGCACAAACUAGGAACAUCUGUAAGUAUAUUGGUCAGUGUUUUCAUCAGGCACAGGGUAACUUAUGUUAUAUAAUGUGAUAAAAUUCAGCAAGAUGAUCUGCUUGGUGACCAUAGAAUAUCUAAGCUAAAGUACACUAAAGUUUCUCUGUUGUCAUUUACAACCCUUGUUGUUAAUGAACAACAAUUCUGAUCAAAGUAUCAUUAAUCAGAAUAUUUCACACUUUAGGUUCACAAAUUCAUUAUUAGAAAAACACGCCAUGUACACUGAAAAAAAUAUACACAUUUUUUUUAAAGGUAAGUGGUUGCUAACCAUUUAUUUUGGCUAUAUUUUUAAAAGAUUAUGUUGAAAAUUUGUCAACUAAUUUUUUUAUUUAAAUAUAGCUAAGAUAUGCAACCACUUACCUAAAAAAAAUUCUGUCCAUGGAACACAAAAUUUGUUUAUGUGCUGCUCUUUCCAACACAGUAGAAAGUAUGCACUAACUGGCAAUCUCAACAAAAGUUUUUAAAAUACACCAUAAAAGUAUAAUAAAAACAGUCACAAAAAAUUCACAUUGUAACAUUUAUACCUCCUGUGAUUAAAGACAAAAGAGUUGAUACCAUUUGUCAUCAGUUGGGGUUUACUAACUAGUAAAGUGACACAUUUCUUUUAAAUUUACAAAAAAAAUAUCUAAAUUAACGCAAGUUACUUCAUUCAUUAUUACCUCUCCUAUCCCAAUGUUGAGUGAAAGGGCCUUUACAGUUGCCAAAAAUAUAACUUUUUAUUUUUUGUUAGAAAAAAAAAUGUAACAUGCAUUUAUUAAUGCAAGUAAUGCAUUUAUUCCCAUAAAAAGUAACACAAUUAGUUGCCUUAAAUAUGGUGUAACACUAUAUUGCAUUACAUUUAAAGUAAUUUUCCACAGCACUGUUGUCAUGGACAUCAAACCUGAAGCAGUGCAUCUUAUGACACAAAAUAUUUGUGCUAAUAGAAGAGAGGGAAAGAUUGUUAAUGAAUAAAUUGGAGUGUGUUACUUAUAGAAAUAUUUUGUUCUUUUUGGGGCUGGACAGACAUGGCCACUGUAUGGAUUCACUGUAUGGAAAAGAGCAUGUACAUUCUGCUAAAUCUCCUUUUUGUGUUCAGGGUUAACUCUUCCAUUUAGCUCCAACUUGAGUUACAUGUGCUUGAUAUUGUCCACUGAGUGAUAUACAGAAAAUACAGUAAAUAUAUUCACUAUUCUAUCAGAAAUGGCGGUGUUCCCUCAAUACAUACUGAUCUUGUAAUUCACAAAGUGAGCAAAAAUUAUUUUUCAGCUAUCUUCAGUUUUCUUUCCUGUUAAGUUCAAUUCCAUUAGUGGAAUGAUGUUUACAAGUUAUAUUCAGAGGAAUAUGACCAGGAGAGGCAAUAAACUACUGUAUUUAUGCAUGGGAGAGCCGAGGACCUGUUGAGCUGUCUGGCAGGUGACGUUCUUCUUUUGCAGAUAUGAGAAACCCUUUUCUAAAAAAAAGAUAUCGCAGAGAGAGGAGGCAUUUACUUGUUUUUAGAAAACUGUGUUGGUAAAACUGAUCAUUCUAGAGCUUUGUUCAGAGUCGUAGAGCUGUGGUUUUGUUGUUCUGUGAUUUGUGUGGAUGGGCUGGUCUCAAAUCAACCCAGCACAAGCUUUAUUGUUGAAUUGUUAGCAAAUGCUCUCUGAUGUCUUAUUCCAGCUACUUUGUUGUUUUCUUUCCUGAAUAAGAAAACAGAAAAAAAAAGUUAUUUAUAUGAACAAAAAAUAGUUUGAUAUCAAUUUUGCAAUUGUACCAAAAGUGGCUUAUUAUUGAAGUCUGAUUGCUUUUCUAGUAAGUAGGCACGUGCAGUGGGGUAGCGCGUGGCGUGCUGUGUAUGUGGUCAGGUGGCAGUGUUGUUCACUGUGUAAGUGUCCAGCUGUAUUCUUUAAAUGGAUAUUAUAAAGAACUAUAGAUGGUGUACAGAAGCCAGUUGUUCAUAUUGGCUUUUUCCAUAUCUCUGUAAUGAAGAUGUCUUGCACUCAGAACACCUGACUUUUGUUGAACGAUAUAAUUUCCAGCUUAACUGCAGCUAUAACUAUAAUAAACCCAAUGUGUAGCUUCAUAAUGGUGCAUAGCCAGUCUGCAGUUCUCUUCCAGCACAGGUGGUUGGGCAAAACACAAUUUAUCCUUAAUGUUUGAGGGCAAGAAAAAUAGCAAGACCUGAAUUUAAAGUUGAGGUUCUGUUCCAAAACCUAGUGAAUUGUCAAUUUUAAGGCAUCAUACAGUAUAUGCUCUCCCAACAUAUAGACUGUUGUAAGACACACUAAAUAAGGAGGCAUGGCAUGAAUGAGUGACAAACUCACUGAAAAAGAAAUGCAUCUAUCUAUUCUCCAAACCACUAUAUAAUAAACAGCCAAUUCUUUAUGAGCAAAAUGUACAAGUAAAGAAUACAAUAGAAUGUGACUUGAUUUGAUUGUCAUGUCAAGUUGAAGGAUUGAAAAUCAGUGUCCGCUAAACAGGAAAGGUGGAUAAAGAUAUUACAUUUAACUAUGCUGACGAUGCUGCCUACCGUAUGUCUACAGACUAGGGUUUGGAACAGAGCUAUAAUAUUUAAAAAGUUAAUUGACUGUCAACCCUGUCAUCUUGCUCUUUAGAACUACAUACAGUGCAAAGAUAUUUGAAAUAAGCUUCAUGAGACUCCUCUGUGAGAGAUGAUCAGGGUAAGUGAAAUGCACAAAUGAAAUGGGCUUAUUUUGAUAUGCUAUUCCCAGUUGUUAUCUCAGGACAUACAGUAUGUUUAGUGUAAUAUAAAAAUAAAAAGCACCAGAAGUACUUUGUCUUCUCGCCCUGACUGAAAAUCAGCUGAAUCAGUGAAGUGAACAGAAUAUACAUAAUAUAUAUGACUUGUUCGCUCUAUAUACCAAGUUGUAUAUGGCUGAACAAAAAAAUUUGAUUUAUUCUCUGCAAAUCAGCCCCUUAAACAUCAGUUCUAAUAAAAGAUUUUCACUCUUAUACCCAAUAUUAUGCAUCAUAUUAUGUCUAUCAUUAUCAAAUUAAAUAUGUAAUAAGGAGGAUAACGUACAGAAGCAAAAUGAACCCCUUCAGUUGAUAAAAGUUCUAAUCCUGAUUACAUAGUGGAGCUUAUUUUACAGCAAUGAGCAGUAAUACGUGGCUAAAUAAUGAAGACCGCUUUCAUUUAUGGAUGAACUAUUAAUUUAAGGAGAAAUUAACACAUUGAAACUGAUUCACUGUGACAAGAAUGCACUGCCCUUUUACCUCAACUCUGUCUCACAUUAUAGAUUCAAGACCAGAUUCUGAAAACCUUUCAACCCGCCAUCAGAAAGAGGUUUUGCAACAGUAAAAUAUGCAUCCCAUGUUUUCAUAUGUAGGUUAUAUUCUUUCAAAGACUGGUAUGUUUUUAGCGCUUAUUGCUCGUAUAAUGCACUCAACACAUCCAAAUAUCUUAUUUUCUACUUUUGAAAAGCAGCUUUUUGGAGCAUUUUUUUUUUCAUCAUACUUGUUUCACACAGCACUUUGUGCACUCUGUGGUGUUUAAUGUAGUUCUUGGAUAAGUGCCACACUGUACCCUUAUGUGCACAUAAAUUGUUGAUAUUCUUGACCAAUGAUGUUUGUGGUAGUUUGUAUUUAGGACUAUUGUGAAAGGACUGCUGAGUAGGAAGAUAUUUUAGUGAGAUACAGUCACUGCUGCAAAGCUAAAUGUGUGUUUAUUAGCUCUGUUCCAAUCCAAGUUAGCAUCCGAGUGCAUCAUAGGCACAUUCCUGACUCGAAGGCUCCAGCAAUCUUGCAAUGCUUUCUAAGAAAACCUGUUUUGGCCCAAUUCUAAGCCUUUGUGGCAUGCAGUAAAUCCAAUUCCAAAAUGAUCUUCUUUCAAAGAAUUCCUCCAAAAUGUAAAACAUCCUUCAUACAUUUAUUUCAUUCAGUAUAGAAAUUAUAAAUAAAAUGAAAGAAUAGAUAAAAAUAAUUCCGUUAAUUGAAAAACGUGGAUGUUUGGCGACAUUCUUAUUUCAGAAUUAGUGGUAACUCUUUUACAACUACUGUGAGAAACACUAUCUGUCUCACAAUAUGUCAUUUCAGUUCCAUUUCAGUUAACAUGUCUAUGUAGCUCACUAAGUUUUGGGACAGAGCUAUUGUCAUUGCUAAAUUAACUGUAUUGUGGCUAUAUUCAUUUAAUGGUAGGCUAUGCAACAGGCCUUUCGAUGUUUUUAUUGGUUUUGAAUCAUUAAUGAAUCCUAUCAAAAAGCAGUUGUUUUUUUUCCAGUCAGCACAUUAAUGGCAAUGUUAUCAAGCUUUAGGCUUAAUUCAUAAUUUUCUUUCUUUGGUGUGCAAGUGACUGUAAAGGGUUUUAUAUUUGGCACUAAGAGUAGUUCUUUGUAUCAGAUUCGUGGGUCAAUAAAAUAAAGAUAUGAAAUAUGAGUUUAGGAUUGGUUAACAUUGAUAGAAUAUGUUAUGGUUAUUUUUAUCAAUGGGUUGUAAUAAGAUAUAUUGCAGUGCUUUGUAUAAAACACAGUAACAAAAUGGGUGAAUUGUAACUAUUUAUUGAUUAAAUUGUUGUACUUUUUUGCAAUCUAGAUACAACACUGUAUUCAUAUUUAAUGACUGUGGAUUUGAACCAUGCAGUUAACCAUUUUUGAGAUGUGGCUAAGUUAUUGAUUUACUGUUGUACAGCUUCUUUUAUUUUGUAUUUGACUAAUAAAAAUGUUUUGAGAAAGAUCCA